CAUAUGGUAUGUAGUGGGCGGAAUCCGUGGUUCGAUAAGUGCGAACCUGGUACAGCAACAGGGCAGUGAGCCCGAGGGAAUUCUCUUAAUUUUCAAGAUAUCCGAUACCGAUACUUGUCUGUGAUAGAAUAUUAUGUCGCAGAAGCUGCUUUCUGAAACCUCUUCGGACUAUAGUGCAUCGUGUUUGGUGCAAUCUUAGGUUUAAAGGUUCUCUACAAAUCUGGUAGUGAAAAAGGACAUUACUUGCUCAUCGUCCAGAGUGCGUCUUCUUACAACGAUAUUUCACUCAAAAGUAUAGUGCAAUAAAUUCGACGUUACAAUGACAGGCAAUCCUGCAGAUUUUAUUACAUCGAAACGAUGGAUUGUGCUUUUUCUAUUUAUGUUGAGUCAAGUCAUCAAUGGCCAUGAUGAAGAUGUACAUACUCCUCAAUAUACCAAUGACAAUUUCUCUACGGAAAUUAAAAAGAAGAAUCAUUUCGUUAUGUUUUAUGCACCAUGGUGUGGGCAUUGUCAAAGACUUGGUCCUACAUGGGAGCAGUUAGCAGAGAUGUCAAAUGAAGAGGACAAUAAUAUAAAAAUUGCUAAAGUCGACUGUACAACUGAGAGUACUUUGUGCAGUGAACAGGAUGUUACUGGCUAUCCUACACUGAAAUUUUACAAAGCUGGUGAGACCAAAGGCAUUAAGUUCAGAGGAACUCGAGAUUUACCUUCUCUGACUUCUUUCAUUAAUGACCAACUAGGUAGCACUUCUAUGCUUGAGGAUGUCGCGCCAUCUCCACCAGAAGCUGUAAACGGAUUAUUAGAAUUGACAGAGGAUACAUUCGAGAAACAUGUCUCCUCUGGACAUCACUUUGUUAAAUUUUAUGCCCCUUGGUGUGGACACUGUCAGAAACUGGCACCAACAUGGGACGAGUUAGCCAACAGUCUUCGCCAUGAUGAUACAGUUAGUAUCUCUAAGAUAGACUGCACUCAACAUCGCAGCGUUUGUGGCCAAUUUGACAUUAAGGGAUACCCUACGUUAUUGUGGAUUGAAGAUGGGAAGAAGGUAGAUAAAUACACUGGUCAGCGCACUCACGAGGAGCUUAAAGCCUAUGUGUCAAUGAUGUUGGGCAAGAAUGCUGAUGAGUCGAGUCAGAAGAACGAAAGCACCGAUGACAUGCCGCAUGCUAUAUUAAGCCUGACUGCCGAUAGUUUCAAGCAUGGUGUAGAAAAGGGUCUUUCGUUCGUCAAAUUCUUCGCGCCCUGGUGCGGCCACUGCAAGCGCCUCGCGCCCACAUGGGAGCAGCUGGGCAAAAAGUUCUUUGGUAAUGAGAACGUUAACAUCGUGAAGGUCGAUUGCACGCUUGAAGCGAGCAAAGAGCUGUGUAAUGAGCAGGAAGUAGACGGUUUCCCGUCGUUGUACUUAUAUCGAGAUGGACGCAAGGUCUCCGAGUAUAAUGGCUCGCGUAAUCUCGAUGAUCUCUAUGACUUCGUGAUGAUUCACUUGCAGGCACACGACGAGUUGUAAUCCUGCGUGUUCCAUUGAUUAUUUCCAAUCGUAUUGUAAGUAAUUUAAUUAACUUUAUAAAUAAUGCAUACCAGCAUGAUCAUUGCGUCGCUGACAAAUAUCCUGUCAUCGGAUUGCAAGGAGAAGCGGUAACUUUUUCAUUUUUAUAUCUUACGUCGUGAAAAGGAAUAAUAUAAAAAGAAAAGAUCGGAAUGGUAUAGAGUGUGUAAGUCCAUGAUGUGGGAAAAUGUACUUCCAUAAUAUAUCUUUACAAUUGCCCUACGUAA